AUGUGUCCGAACUGCGGCCUCCGACCCGCGGCCUCCGAACCGCGGCUUCCGAACCGCGGCUUCCGAACUGUGGCUUCCGACCCGCGGCUUCCGAACCGCGGCUUCCGAACCGCGGCUUCCGACCCGCGGCCUCCGAACCGCGGCUUCCGAACCGCGGCUUCCGAACCGCGGCUUCCGAACCGCGGCCUCCGAACCGCGGCCUCCGAACCGCGGCCUCCGAACCGCGGCUUCCGAACCGCGGCCUCCGACCCGCGGCCUCCGAAUCGCGGCCUCCGAACCGCGGCCUCCGAACCGCGGCCUCCGAACCGCGGCCUCCGAACCGCGGCCUCCGAACCGCGGCUUCCGAACCGCGGCUUCCGAACCGCGGCUUCCGACCCGCGGCCUCCGAACCGCGGCCUCCGAACCGCGGCCUCCGAACCGCGGCCUCCGACCCGCGGCCUCCGACCCGCGGCCUCCGACCCGCGGCCUCCGACCCGCGGCCUCCGACCCGCGGCCUCCGACCCGCGGCUUCCGAACCGCGGCCUCCGAACCGCGGCUUCCGACCCGCGACCUCCGAACCGCGGCCUCCGAACCGCGGCCUCCGAACCGCGGCCUCCGAACCGCGGCCUCCGAACCGCGGCCUCCGAACCGCGGCCUCCGAACCGCGGCUUCCGAACCGCGGCCUCCGACCCGCGGCCUCCGAACCGCGGCCUCCGAACCGCGGCCUCCGACCCGCGGCCUCCGAACCGCGGCCUCCGACCCGCGGCCUCCGACCCGCGGCCUCCGAACCGCGGCCUCCGAACCGCGGCCUCCGAACCGCGGCUUCCGACCCGCGACCUCCGAACCGCGGCCUCCGAACCGCGGCCUCCGAAUCGCGGCCUCCGAACCGCGGCCUCCGAACCGCGGCCUCCGAACCGCGGCCUCUGA